CUGCUGGUAGGGCUGAGCUACUGCAGGCGCUGGCUGGGCGUCAGGAGCCGGGGCAUGCCUGGGAAUCUGCCCAGGAAGCGCCGUGAAAGAGGAGUUUGUUUGAAGGCUUGACCCUGGCUCUGUGCGGCAGCCCUGCCCGCCGCCCGCCCGAUAAAGCCGGGCAGCCUCAUGCCAGGCGUCUGAGCGGGACAGCGACAGCUCCGUGUCCCGGCGGAGCUCCCGAUGGCUUCGGUGUUCAUGUGCGGGGUGGAGGAUGUGCUGUUCAGCGGCAGCCGCUUCGUGUGGACCGUGACGGUGGCAGCGCUGCGGCGCUGGUACGCGGCGCGGCUGCGGGCGUGCCGGCAGGCGCUGCGAGCCUGGUGUGGCCUCCGCGAUGUCUACCAGAUGACCGAGGGCCGGCACUGCCAGGUGCAUCUCCUCGAUGACAGGAACUUGGAGCUGCUGGUUCAGCCCAAACUUUUGUCUCGGGAGUUACUGGAUCUGGUGGCCUCACACUUCAACCUGAAAGAAAAGGAGUAUUUUGGGAUAACAUUUAUUGAUGAUACAGGUCAGAGUGUCUGGCUGCAGCUGGAUCACCGUGUCCUGGACCAUGACUUGCCCAAGAAACCAGGGCCAGCAACUUUGUACUUUGCUGUUCGGUUCUACAUUGAAAGCAUUUCCUUUCUCAAGGACAAAACCACAGUGGAGCUGUUUUUUCUGAAUGCCAAGUCCUGCGUACACCAGGGGCACAUCGAGGUGGACAGCGAGACCGUCUUCAAAUUGGCCGCCCUAGUGCUCCAGGAAGCUAAAGGAGACUAUUCCAGUGAUGAGAACACUAGAAAAGACUUGAAGACACUGCCUGUCUUUCCUACCAAGACGCUGCAGGAGCAUCCAUCCCUUGCUUACUGUGAGGACAGAGUAAUUGAGCAUUAUACACAAAUUAAAGGUCUGACCAGAGGACAAGCCAUUGUUCAGUACAUGAAAGUGGUGGAAGCUUUGCCAACAUAUGGAGUUCAUUACUAUGGAGUAAAGGAUAAACAAGGAAUCCCGUGGUGGCUGGGAAUAAGUUACAAAGGAAUCGGCCAGUACGACUUACAAGACAAAGUUAAGCCCAGAAAACUAUUUCAAUGGAAACAGCUGGAAAAUCUCUAUUUCCGUGAGAAGAAAUUUGCUGUGGAAGUACACGACCCCCGCAGAAUUUCAGUGUCGAGAAGGACCUUUGGUCAGAGCGGGCUGGUGGUGCAGACCUGGUAUGCAAACACUUCCCUGAUCAAGUCCAUCUGGGUGAUGGCAAUCAGUCAGCACCAGUUUUACUUGGACAGGAAGCAAAGCAAAGCAAAAAUUCCGUCAGCCAGAAGUUUGGAUGAUAUCGCCAUGGAUCUGACAGAGAUGGGAACACCAAAAGUGUCCAAGCUGGUGACUCUGGAGGCCAAGAACCAGCUUAUUAUGGCCAGCAAUGGCAGUUUGAUCUCAUCAGGUUCUCAGGAUUCGGAGGUCAGCGAAGAACAAAAGAAGGAGAAAAUUAUGGAACUAAAGAAGAAAGAGAAACUCCUUCAGGAAAAACUGCUUCAGAAAGUUGAGGAGCUGAAGAAAAUCUGCCUGCGAGAAGCGGAGCUGACAGGAAAGAUGCCCAAGGAGUAUCCUCUGGGUGCUGGAGAGGAGCCCCCCCAGGUGAGGAGGCGUGUGGGCACGGCGUUCAAGCUGGAUGACAACCUGCUCCCCAGCGAGGAGGAUCCCACUUUGCAGGACUUGGAGAGCAAUUUUAUCAUACACCAAAAGCUAGUGGAAGCUGCAAAGAAACUUGCCAGCGAGCCAGACCUCUGCAAAAACGUGAAGAAGAAAAGAAAGCAAGAGUAUGCUGAUGCUGUAAAAAAGCUGCAAGAGAUAGAAAACUCCAUAAAUGAAUAUAGAAUCAAGUGUGGCAAAAAACCAACCCAGAAAUCAACUCUGCCUCUACCAGAUGAUAUAAUUCCAUCCGAGAGCAGCUCCCUGUCAGACACAACCACGUAUGAUGAUGUCAGUGAAUCACUUCCUGCAGCAGCACAGAGACCCAGCUCUGCACAGCUUUCUCCAAGGCUUCCUCCACCAAAGUCCCUUGGGGUGGAGAGAAUUCAUCUCAGGAAGUCAUCCAUAAACGAGCAGCUCUUGGAAAGCAGACACUCCAGGGACGUGCUCUCCACGCACAGCAGCCCGUUCCGGACGCUGGAGCGGCCGGCGCAGCGCCGCGGCGGCAGGAGCAUGCCCACCACCCCCGUGCUCACCCGCAACGCCUACAGCAGCAGCCACCUGCAGCCAGAGGUGUCCCCGCAGCACUGCCGGCAGCGCAGCGGCAGCCUGGAAUCCCAGACCCAGCUGCUGUGCGAGGCUCCUGCUGACAAGGCAGCCUUCUCCCUCUGCAAGUCCCAGCGGAGCAGCAGCACCGAGAUCCUGGACGAUGGCUCGUCCUACACCAGCCAGUCCAGCACGGAGUAUUACUGUGUGACACCCACUCCCAGCCCCUACUACACCACCCAGACCCUCGACAACCGCACCAGGGGCCGCCGGCGGUCGAAGAAGCACAACAUUUCCGCCGCCACUUCGGGGAGCAUGCCCAACCUGGCCCACAAGGACGCCCGUGGCGGCGGCAGCAUCUUCCACAAAAACCAGGAGCAGCCUUCCCCUAACUACUACAUCUCUGGGUACUCGCCCUACGCCGAGCCCGACGUGUAUUACAACGGGGGAUACGUUUACGAGAGCGACACGGAGGGGCAGUACAGCGUCAACCCCUCGUACCGCGCCUCGGCGCACUACGGCUACGAGCGGCACAGGGAGCUCCGCUGCUACCACGAGGACGAGGUGGACAGGGUGCCACACAACCCCUACGCCACGCUGAGGCUCCCGAGGAAGCAGGUCGCUAAAACGGAGCACAUAACCAAAAACAUUCACAAGGCCUUAGUAGCGGAGCACCUCCGUGGCUGGUACCAGCGUGCCUCCAGCCAGAAGGAGCAGGGUCACAGCCUGCAGGCGGGCUUUGAGCCGGACAGAGGGUCUCAGAGGAGUUUGGGCUUUGCUGGGCUGCAGACGCCGUGCUCGCCGAGCAGUCGGGUGUCUUCUUUCUCCUCUGCAUCAUCUACAAACACUGCUGGGAACUGGAGAAACCCCCUUGCACUGGGACUUUCAGACUAUGACACGUUGUCUCAUUCCUCCUACGCCAGCUGUUACGGGAAUGUUUAUGGCAACCUUCCUUUGCAGAGCAGGACGUACGCAGAGCCGAGCCAGCUGGGCGGGGAGGAGGAGGAUGGCUUGGAGGAAGAGCUGCCCAGCAGUGAGCAGAGGCUGUACUGGCACGAGGACUCCAAGCCUGGGACUCUGGUGUAGCCCCCGUGCACCCCUCAUCCUCCCCCUGCGUGCCUUGCACAAAACGCCGAGGCCAACCUCGGGUGGAACUUGCAAAAAGGAACAAAAAGAGGAAGCAGUCUGUUUUGCUGGGAAAGGUUGAAUUCAGCAUUAAAGAGGGACUGUAACAAAGUGACAGAGUCCUACCACAAAUGGCUUUUCAUUGUGAAUCCGUACAGCCCACGGGAGCCAGGGCAAGCCACAGUUCAUCUAUGACCAGAUGCAGCACUUGGUUGAAGUAUUUAUAUUUAGCAAGCACUUUUGGGAAGAUUGGAAGGUGUUGAAGGCAAACCUCAGAGAAAAAAGAAGAAAUGUGAAAAGCAGACUCUUAUGGAAAAACCAGGAAUUCUAGGAGCACAAGUCUGAUGUCUGAAAGAAGAAGAAAAAAUGAAAAUUUAUUCUGCCAUGGCUUAUGAGGACCUGGAAGAGGUUUCAUAGGCUUAUGAAGGAUAGAUACUGUGUGAGUGAGGCAAAGGGUGAUUGAAUCAGUAUUGGAACAUUACUUGAAGGAAGGCUGGAGUUGUUUUUUUUUUUUUUUUUUAUUAUGGAGGUUGGAAUGAGUCUGUCCAGUUUUUAGGGUGUUGUUAAGAGUGUUUGUUAGCACCACAAGCAAGUUCUGGAAAGAAAAAAUUCGCUGACGCAUACAUCAUGUAAAACUACAGGUAGUGGUGGAUUUGGAAACAGAAGCAGUAAAAUUCGAGCUCUUUUUUUCCAUUCCAUAAUUAAUAACGGCCCAUUUAAUGACCUUUCCAUGGUACAACUUCACUGUGUGCAGGAGUAGGCAAAUUUUCCCCGUGGCUGCUGCCACAGUGGGUGGAGGAUCCGCAGUGGGGAGCCCCAGGGAGCAAUUGGGCAGCAAUGGCCAGUAUUUAAAGGUGGAUGCAAACACAAACAGCCGAGUGGGUGCCUUAAAAUGAGGGGCAUUAGGUGAGUCUCCUGAACUGCCGGUGCUUUGCAAAGUCACUGAGUGACAGAACCAUUUGUUAGGGAAAAAACGUGUGACUGCAGUCUUGAUUUAAGAGGGAUAAACCUACCUCAGGUCAUCCAUCUGUAGGAACAAACGGGCACGGGGUUAUCCUGCCUGAUUCCUGAUGACUCGUCUGCAUACGGUAAAAAUCUCUCUCGUUUCUCAGCUGUACUGUGCUUCAGGAUUCCAGAAAUGGUGCUCUUUUGUUCUUUUAUACAAAAGAUUAGUUACUCCUUGUUCAUAUUGUGAAUAGAAAGGUUUCUGAUAAACUUUUUUGACGUUUUUUACCAGUAUUCCAGAGCAUGUAAUAUAUACAGAAGGACACACUUGUUAAGCUGGUACUUAGUUGUUUGUAUUAUUAGAGUCGCGAUUUGGAAUUAAACGAACAAAAAACAAAAUAAAAAAUAACUUAUUUCCUUGGUUUUGCAUAUUUGUAUAGCCUUCUAGAAAUGCGAGAGCUCUUUUUGCUUAUUCUUUUACUACUCCUGAAUUUUUUAGACCUAUUAUUUUGUAUAGGUCAAUAAACUAAAAAGUGUGCUACCAAAACCA